AUGCCAUUUGGUCAGAUAGUAAUUGGCCCACCUGGAUCAGGUAAGUCAACAUACUGUAACGGGUGUAUUCAAUUUUAUGAUGCAAUAGGAAGACAUGCUAAAGUUAUUAAUAUGGACCCUGCCAAUCAUAAAUUGCCCUACAGAUGUGAUGUUGAUAUUAGAGAUUUCAUUACUUUAGAAGAGAUUAUGAAUGAACACCAUUUGGGGCCUAAUGGUGGACUUAUGUUUGCACUAGAAUCGGUAGAGAAAUCACUGUCGCUGUUUGCACUACAAAUUAAAGCGCUGAUAAAAGAAGAAAACCCAUACUUGGUUUUUGACUGCCCUGGACAAGUUGAAAUGUUCACUCAUAACUCUGCUCUUCCCCGUAUAUUCAAGAAUUUGGAGAAAGAACUCGAUUUGCGCCUCUGUGUUGUAAACCUAGUGGACUCCAUAUAUAUUACAUCUCCUUCACAAUAUAUUUCUGUGCUGCUUCUUGCACUAAGGUCGAUGCUAAUGAUGGAUUUGCCGCACAUAAAUGUAUUCUCAAAGAUAGAUAUGUUGAGCUCCUAUGGGGAGUUGCCUUUCCGACUAGACUACUACACAGAAGUACAAGAUUUGGAGUACCUGGAGCCAUUUGUCGAAGCUAAAGGCUCUAGUGCCCUUGAAAAGAGAUAUUCGAAGCUUACGAAGACUAUUAGCGAACUUGUAUCUGAUUUCAACCUUGUCUCCUUCGAGGUUCUAUGUGUUGAUGAUAAACAGAGCAUGAUAAACCUACAAAGCGUUAUAGAUAAGUCAAACGGCUAUAUUUUCGGUUCAUCUGAGGUUGGAGGAGAUACAGUAUGGGCAGAGGCUACUAGACAAGGUAUGGCGGUUGCAGACUAUGAUAUACAAGAUAGGUGGAUUGACAAUAAGGAAUUAUACGACCAAGAGGAGCAAAAAAAGAGAGAAGAGUUGAUAAAAGAACAAGAGCUGGGUGAUAAGGAAAUAGACGUAAAUGAAGAAGACUCAUGGGAAAGGGCUCUGAUGGAGUGGGACGAAAAGCAUUCCGUACCGUUCGCCAAGUAG